UGCGGGUGGCUCGACAGCGGAGCUGCACUUCAGACGUAUGGCUGAGAGACCUCACAUUAAAUUUACCUUUGCGAGACGAGUGCAGGUUUAAACGUAUGCUACCGUAGACUGAACGCGCAAGACUUUGCGAAACCUACCGAAAACGACCUAUUUUAGUGUACAAAAGUGCGGGGAGGAAUAAGCAGACAAAAAAGCAACACGUAUCCGGUGGGAUUUGAGUCCUUUGAGAGAGCGAGAUUGGAGCGCGACCGAGCGAGAGAGAGAGAGAGAGAGGGAAGAGUUUCUCCAAAAGUGGAAACAGACACGGGGACGAUAUUUUCCGUUUUCACAAGCGAAGACUAAGGAAUUAUGAGGAACGUUUGGAUGAUAUUAACCCUCGGCUUGACAGCCUUUCUUUCCGGGGAAAGGAUAGCAGUCUCUGCGGCCAAAUCCACCUCUUCGACUGAUGACUUAUACCUUGAGGAGGCCGGGUCAGGAGGUUACCCUGAAGAUGACGACGACUUCACUUCUGGAUCAGGAUCGGGAGUUGGAGAAGUUAUUGAGGAAACUGUCACAGUAAAAGCAUUGUUCAUCGAGCCUAAAGCAGAGCCCACACAGGACUCCACCAAAGACUUCACACCGAAAGUGGAGAUGACUACGUCACGCGAUGUCCCCAAAGACACAAAUAAACGAGGCAGGAUAGAGGUUCCAGUUCCUGCCACAGAAGACCCGCGUAGAAACACAGUCACAAGCACCACCAGCCUCCCUCGAUCGCCCAUGGAUGUCCAGUCGGAAAAUCUCUUCCAGAGGACAGAGGUUUUGGCAGCUGUCAUUGCGGGUGGAGUUAUCGGCUUCCUCUUUGCCAUCUUCCUCAUCCUCCUUUUGGUGUACCGCAUGAGAAAGAAGGACGAAGGCAGCUACGACCUCGGGGAGAGGAAGCCGUCUGGAGCGGCCUAUCAGAAAGCUCCCACCAAGGAGUUUUACGCAUAGACUCACUCAAGUACAACCGAGCUUCACCAAUCAGAGUGACGAUAUCAGUGACUACGACAAACUCGUUCUGCAUAAAAUAUAAAUCAUACGACAUGAUUGAGGAAAAAAAUAAAUAACAUAAAGGAAAGCUUUUGCAUAGAGUAUUGUAAUUAAGACCUUUUCUUUCCUCUUUUUUUAUGAAAAAAAAAAAGCAAGCGUUGCUUAUUUUAUGGCAAAUCUCUCUGUAUUUAAACAUUAUUUUCUGUGUAUUUGAAAAGGCUGACAAGAAAAAAAGAAACACAAUCUGUAAAGGUGAGGAUAUCCGCAUCCGUCUUCUGUCAAAGGAGCUGUUUUUAGUCGCUGACUACUUUUUUAACUGUAGCAGUAUGUAUUUGUAAAGAAAAUUUUAAAGUGGAAUAAUUGCAUAUAAUUGUUCUGUAUCAGUCCUUCAUUUUUCAUCUUUUAUUUUUCUUUUUUUGUCCUAGCAUGUCUGAUGUUGAUCAUAAGUGUUUCAUUAAUUUAUCAUUUUCUCGGAUGUUGAAAAAUGCCUUUCUGUAGUUUUCAGAACUCUUUGUCUAAUAACUCUUUAAUGAGUCAAUGUAAAUGUUUCCCUGCAGGUUGCAAUGUUCAUUUUAUUACUUCACAACACGCAGUUCAGCGUUUUUCUUUCCUUUCUUUGGUGCUUAGAACUGAAAACACGUCAAAAGACCCAUGUCUUGCGAAAUGAUUUGAUUUGAGUUUCAUCGCCGCUUGAGUGUUUGUAGGUUAAGAAAAACGACCAGUGCCAUUUGAACCCUCGCGUUCAUUCGUUCUCGUCACGGCGGCUUGAAAAGAGGCUGAUUUAUCGAACUGAUGAGCCCAGAGCCUGUCCUCUGUGAUGAGAGCUUGAGGUAGCUCAUACUGGGGAUCUGACACAGCCUGCCCACCUCCAGACAUGUAUUUCCCUUUGAUCAGAGCGCCGUUCUGAUGUUUCAGUGAUGAAAAGCUCGCAUUUAUUCUCACGUCACACUGCGGUGAUCUGUUUUAUUAGUUCGUGGAGAGAGCAGACCUGAUUUUCUUACUGUUACAGGCUUUGCUUUCCUACUGGGCCCCAAACAAACAGGCAACUUGGAAUCACCGCUGGGGAAUCGUUCAUUUUUAAACAGUUUCCACUAGUUUGGGGUUGUUUGAAAUGAAGUUCAUUCACCCAGUUAAUGUGUAUCAUCCAAAACCAUUACGGAGGCCUGUAAUGCUCCAGACAGAUCAGUGUGAUUAAACCCACGCUCUCUAGAUCCAUAUAAAGGUUGUGAGGUUGCUUUGAGAAGCGUGGCUCCCUGUGUAUCUUUCCCUUUCUUGCCCUCUUGAUGUACCCAACUGUGACCAACAACACCCUGUGACUGUACUGACCCUUACCUAAUCUAAGCUGGAGCUGAACGAAGCAAGGUACUGAGAAAACAUAGGCAAACCCAAAGACUCAUUUGAUUUUCACAUUGCUGUGUAUUCCUUUGGCCACAUUUGAGUUUUGUUUUGGUUUCAUUGUUAGUUGUUAGUUUUUUGUUUUUGAGUAGACAUCUGACCUUUGCAUCCAAUUACUUAUUCAUGUAUGGGAAAAAUCUAUAUAGAAUUAUAUAUAAAUGUAUAUUCACAAAUGUUUUAAACCUUGCCUUAAAAGUGCCUACCAUUUGGAAACGUGCAAAUGUCUGUGGUUUAGAUGCGAUGUGUACGCCAGAAUGGCUAGAGGGAUCGGUAUUGUGUUAGCACAGCAGAAUGAAAUGGUAACUUUUUUUUUAGUUGUACAAAAAGCAGACAGUAUUGUACCUGUAAGUUAAAACAACACUACUGAAUAAACAUUGUGGCCUAAAUA